CCCGCCCGCCGCCGCCGCUACCGCCGCGCUCCGGGCCCGGCGCCCUUCUCUUUCCUUCCCUUUACGCUCCGCUCCGGCCUGAAGCGGACGCAGCGAUGGCUCCGGCCGCUGACCGGGAAGGUUAUUGGGGCUCGCCGACCUCCACCUUGGAUUGGUGCGAGGAGAACUACGCCGUCUCCUACUACAUCGCCGAGUUCUGGAACACAGUGAGUAACCUGAUUUUCAUUGUACCUCCAAUCUGUGGUGCGAUUCAGACCCAUAAAGAUGGCCUUGAAAAACGCUAUUUAGCUGCAUAUUUGUGUCUUACAGCUGUGGGAUUGGGAUCUUGGUGCUUCCACAUGACCCUGAAGUAUGAAAUGCAGCUGUUGGAUGAGCUGCCUAUGAUAUACAGUUGUUGUGUGUUUGUCUACUGCCUGUAUGAAUGUUUCAAGUACAAGAACACAGUCAAUUAUCCACUGCUUUUCUUGUUAAUAACAUACAGCUUCGUUGUCAGCAUAGUUUACUUAAAUUUGAAAGAGCCUGUAUUCCAUCAGAUCAUGUAUGGAACGCUAGUUUCCAUUAUAGUUCUACGAUCUGUUUAUAUAGUAUUAUGGGUAUACCCGUGGCUUAGAGGUCUAGGCUAUACAUCUUUAACUGUAUUUUUAAUGGGAUUUUUUCUCUGGAAUGUGGACAACAUUUUCUGUGAUAAACUGAGAGCACUACGAGAGAAGAUGCCUCCUGUUGUGGGAGCUGUGACACAGUUUCAUGCAUGGUGGCAUAUUCUCACAGGCCUGGGCUCUUACCUUCAUAUCCUGCUAAGUUUAUACACAAGGACACUUUUCCUGAAACACAGGCCAAAGGUGAAGUUUAUCUUUGGAAUCUGGCCUGUUCUUCUUGUGGAGCCACCCAAGAAGCUUUGCUGAGACCCAGGCAGUCUCCUGCCAUCACCUAGCCUGGCUGAAUAAAGAGAUUCAACAGUUCCUAUGGCUGAAGUGUCAAAACUUAUGGAUCAAUACAACUACCAUUGCUACAAAAGGACUUCUCUGUGUUCCCAGGCCAGCACAGAGCAAAGAGUUGGCACACUAGGGAAAUAGUGUUUAGUACAGCUUUAUUCUAAGUUGUUAAAACAAAGAUUAAGACACAAAUAUUUUUAUGUAUAUAUUGUAUAGCUGAUGAUACUGAGCUAAUAUUUCGUGCUGGUCACAGAAAACUAACCAUUUUUGAAGUGGAAUUGCAGAUGUUUUUCAUUCAGUUGUUCUUUCUGUGGUUGAAACUAAUAUUAGUAACUGAAUGACAAAAGCAGGCCAUUGAUGGCCAAGCUAAGCAUUUGUGUGGCCUAUAGUGAACUGAAUGCUUAACCUGAACUACUUUAAUCUUGCACUUUUAUACAACUAAUGAAGUAUGUAACGAUUGAUUUAGGGCUUUAUUCUAUCCUGCUUUUCCACAGCCUCCUUUGCCAUUUAUAUUUGAAGCAAAACGGUUGGGAUACCUGUGCCAUUUAAUUCCUUUUGUACCAAGCUUCCAUUAUCUCUUUAGUCCUUAAAUACUGGUCUGACUUUCAGAAGCCUCUUCUUACUCAGACAUAUUGAAGAGAUAGUAAAGAACAAGGUUGAGGUAUAAAAUUGGCAGCACUUUGCUUCCUCUUCAUCUGUCCAUCACACAGUUACUCUGUGGAAAGUUGACCACCUUUUGGAGACCAAGCUUUGGGGAUUAAUGGGUGGGACAAACCCUCUGGUUUGUGCCAUUUAAUCUACCCAGAUGAUGAAAAUUAAUAAGAAAGCAUAAAGAAAACAUUGAACUAACACAGUUCUUCCAAAUAUUAUACCUGAUAUUGGAGGCUGUGGGUUCGACUUUUCAGAUCUUGGGACAACCAUCCUACAGAGUCUAUCUCUGGGCCUGCUUGCUGCCAUGCUAUGCAAUUUUUGUCUGCUUUUGAUGCUCAGAGGGAUUUAUCCUUCUUGCCAUGAAGGGAAAAAAAGAGAAAUGCUCAGACUGAUUGGAAAUCCUAUUCUGUAUUGAUUUAAAUCAUGCCCAAAGCAGCAAGGCAUGGUAUUAUAGCUACAUCUGGCUCCCAGAUCACAAAGUCCUGGCUAUUGUACAAUCAGUGCUGACUGAAAUGGUCUCCUCCAUCAAUAUCUCCCCCUUUAAUCCCUUUUUUUUCCCUGUUUGCAGCUCAGCUGCAUCUUCUGUGUCCAUCAGUAGUGCUCCCACUGAUGUGAAUCUCCACCAAAUAAAAUCACUACUUUUGUUACGUGACCGACCCUGGACUCUUGGGAUCAAACAGACCCAAACACAGGUCUAGAAAAAGAUAUUUAAUCUUGAGUAACUUCAGUGAGGUUUAAGCACGUGCUGAGAGGAGCACAUUUCAACCUAGAAAACACUACAAAGACUCCUGAAGGAUAAUGCUAGAACAGAUUUGUUGUCAGUAGGUUCCAGUUCCAUAGCCAAGGUCAGCAUCUGGGUGUGCUCUUCAGACUGAAAGAGGUUGGAAUCACUAGCACAGAGGUAGGAAUAUGCUGCCUUGGAUCAAGUGUCUUUAAUUAUAUAUUUUGUGAAGAGAUUUGAGAACUGUUCUAAAAAUGUAGCUUAAAAAGAAGUGCCUGCCUAUUCAUCUCCAGGCUCUCAAGCAUGCUUCUGCACACUGUAUCUGAUUGUCUUAUUUAGUUUGUAUUUAGUUUACAUGUUUUCAUAAGUUAGGGAAAGAGUCCCAUAACUGAUGUGACACUGCAGCAACAAGACACAUCAACAGUCGCUUGACAUCUGCUAGGAAUGGUGUUAUUCUUAAGAAUAUGAACAAACCCUUUAUUUUAGUGGCCUUAGUUUUGUUACUGGAGGAUGUGGGGGCUCUGGUUGGUUUGCCUGUAAUUGCAGGGACCAGAGCGUGCUGAAAAGUCACUUUAUUAUUGAUAAAGCAUCUCUAUAAUGGUUCAUAUUACAGAAAUCUGUUGAUUUGCCUACACAUUUGCAACUAGGAAAUGUAUUUCUUUUCCCAGAUCUUGUUGAAUUGAAUUGUCAGGAUUUAAAAAACAAAGGUGGAAAAGCUCUUGUUUGAAUUAGAUGCUGCUGCUAGCUUGUCAUUCAGAUAUUGUCACUGAUGUUUUUACCUUUAAAAAGAAUUCUUAUGCAGGUUGGCUUCUUUCUUCAUUCCAAAUGACCAAAACCAUGCACACCUCUACCACCCUUCCAGCAGCCUUUGUUUCAGGUUAUGUUAGACCCUGAAGAAUGUAAUUUCUGGGUGUUAUCCUUUAUCCUAUAAAUAACCUAAAGUGAUGGGUGCUUUGGUUUGACUGCCUUACUGAUCUUGGGAGUGAUACUGAAGAUGCUAAGCCAGUUUUAACUGGGUGUCACUGAGAUUCAGACUGCCUAUUCUAGUGCCUGAAAAGACAUCCUUACUCCUGUUACGUGUUAAAUGUCUGUUAAAUUGCUUUAUAUUUAUACCACUUGUAUGACAUGCUGAUUUCUUUCCCUACAAACCUUAGAGCAGCACAUCCCAAACGUUUCUUGCACUGCAUCUUGUAUCUUUGAUCCCAUUUUUCGAGUAGGAUUCAGACAGCAGCUACUUUAAGGGAAAUUAUGGAAGUAGCAUGUGUUGUUUCAUGUGAAUCCUACAGGAUGUAUUGGACAGACUUGAUAGCAAUGAACUCUUUUAUUCUUUAACAUCUAUGAAGAACCAGGACAUCUGCCACUUUACAACCAUCAGUUUGGCAUAGAUGAGCAGCAAGCAGUUCUGCAGACCAUGAGUUGAAUAAUUCUUCCUUGGAAAUAAGAGAAAAGCCUCAAAAUGACUCUCCCAGUACAGAUCAACACCAUACCUAAUGCUGGGAAUCUAGAUUUUCUGGAUACAGCUCAAGACAUGCAUUACCCAUAACAGAAGAUAAGACAUGAUAAACAAAAAUGUGCCAUCUGGAGGAAUAUCAUCCGUGUUUGUUGGUUUGCAGUAUUAGUCAUCUCUGGACUUCAUUUUCAUCUCUGGACUUCAUUGUAAUGCUUUUUCCUCUAUCACAGGGAAGAUGUGCUACCCACAAGAGUCCAGAAGACCACCCCAGAGUGAGAAUUGGAACAUGCAGUUGAUCACUUGCCAAUCUACCUCUGUCAUGUGUUGUACUAUACCUGCGCCCUUAAUUCUAUCUGCCUGAAUGUGCUGACGUUAGAGCAGCCUGACUUAGACCAUGCAACAGUAUUAUAUUGAUCUGUGGCUGACUGUUCACCCUCCAUAACCAGCUUGUUCAGUGUCUGUCACUCUUAGGUUGCACUUAGUCUGUGGUUCAUCUAUGUGGAGAAGUCUGGCAGCUUUAGAAAGAGAGACGAGUAGGAGGACUUUGAUUCAGAUGUGUGAAGUGAAACCUUCUGGGCAGUUGAGUUACAUUUAAAGUUAAGAUGCAAACAGUAUCACUUGUUUUACAUGAUUCUGGGAGAGAUGCGAUGGAAAAUACUGGUUUAUAAUUAGUUAUAAUUCUCUUUUAAUCUAAUAUUGUGCUGUGUUCAUUCCUGGGCCUGUCUUGUUUUGCUGAAGCAAAAUUGUAUGGUUUAAAAUGCAGUUGAUUCUUUUGACUGUUGUACAUUUGCUUCCACCACCUGGUUUUGAACAACUGAAUGAGUUCUUCAGCCAACUCUUCCCUGUGAAACUCUCAGCAACAGAAAAUCCUCCCAAUGUCAUAGAAUCAUAGAAUGGUUUGUGUUGGAAGGGACCUUAAAGCUCAUCCAGUUCCAACCCCCUGCCACGGGCAGGGACACCUUCCACUAGAGCAGGUUGCUCCAAGCCCCUGUGUCCAACCUGGCCUUGAACACUGCCAGGGAUGGGGCAGCCACAGCUUCUCUGGGAAAAGUCUGUGCCAGCGCCUCAGCACCCUCACAGGGAAGAGCUUCUGCCUCAGAGCUCAUCUCAGUCUCCCCUCUGACAGGUUAAAGCCAUUCCCCUUGGCCUGUCCCUCCAGGCCCUUGUCCAAAGCCCCUCCAGGUUUCCUGGAGCCCCUUUAGGUAUUGGAAGACUGUUACAAGGUCUCCCCAGAGGCUUCUCAUAUCACUAGUGCUUCUCAGAGUCACAACCAUCUUGUUACAUCUGCCUUCAAGAAUUCCAGUAAUACUGGGGUUUUAAAACCUAUUUCUCUCUGUGGAUGUGGUUUUAGCAUUUGAUAGCAGGCGCUGAAGCAAUUCAAUCCAACACUUCUGGAAGAUGAGCUGUAAUGAAGCAGCGCUGCUGUGUUCUUCAGCACACCUCAGAAUCCAGAACGUACCUUCAUUUUGCACAUGGAAUGUGUGCCCCAUAAUUUAAAUUAACACAGGUAAAAGGUUUACUUUAAAGAACCCCCAUCUGCACUUCGUAAGUAGGUGGUGGGAGGCUUUAACUGCCAACUACUGUUGAACUGUGUGCUUUAGUAUGAAGAGGGAUAAGUGAUGGAGUCUUUAUUACCCAAGAGAAGCGAAAAGCCAGGAGAUUAAGAAAUCUUACAUGGAAAGAGAAUAACAGAUUAAGCACAGAAUCCCAUGUAUUACGUCAACCAUCCUCCUGGUUACUGCACUUUAGACGCUUGUGUAACAAGCUUGAAUGUUUUGUUAUUUACACAUUUAUUUUCCAAGCAGACUCUGCACUCUUUACCCUAGAAGUGAUGCGCUCUCUAUUACAUUCAGUUCAUUGUAGGUUACUUAGCUGCUGUUUUAUGAGGAUGGAAGGUGACCUGGAUUGUUUCAUACAUGAAUGAAUCCAUUUGUUAUCCAUCUGGAAUGUUUUCUGCCAGCUUUGAGUGUCCGUAACAUAACUACAGAGAAUAUACUGUCUUAACUGUUGAGACUGGGUUUGGGUUUCUUUGUUCAGCUUCUCGCUUACGGCUGCCAAGUGCCUGAUCUCUCUGUUACAGGUCUCUUUUUGACCACCGAGGCUGUAUUUUCUACUGGGGUCCAUAAGACAAGGUCCUUGGUAGGUGGGGGGGUCAGUUUGGGUUUUGUUAAAGUUCUACUGUUGAAGGCACAGCACUCCUUUUAGCCACUUUCCAGAAGUGUCUGUGGCUGCUUCUGCUUGGUUCAGACUUGAGCCUCACUACCCCACAUCCCUGAUGCUGUUGCAUCCUUUCAGAUUUGAAAGCUGGUUGAAGGAUUUAGCCCUACAGCUGUUUAUUCAGUGUGUGUAGUUCAAUGAUGGGCAGUGCAAGGGGGCAGCAGUCGAGCAAGCACUUUAUGCACAGCCCCAUUACUGGAACUCCAAACAGGACUGGGGAUUCAUAUGUACAAUUCCGGGGGCAGGGUUGAUGCCUGAACCUCUCCCUUUGCUUCAGAACUCUCCCAUUUUAUUACUUGUUGGAAGUGUUUAGAUUUGAUGAGGCAUAGAAUUGCAGAUUUAAAAUGAACCAAGUGCAGAAUCCAGCUAAUGCAAGACCCUAAACCAGUGCCUGCAAGUGUUUUUUGCACAUAUUUCACACCAAUUGUAUCUGCCUGAUGGUUAGAGCAGAUUGUUGAGAUAUUAAAAAUGCAAAGAUAAAGGGUCUUUUGAUUAUCUGUCCGCAGGAAUAGCUGUAAGCACAAUCUCAUACAUCCUUCUUUCCCCAACGCUCUGAUAUAUAUGCUCCUCCAAAACUAAUGUUGAAUAGAAAUGGGCUUUCACACUUAAAAUCGUAGAAUCAUAGACUGGUUUGGGUUGGAAAGGACCUUAAGAUCAUCCAGUUCCAACCCCCUGCCGUGGGCAGGGACACCUCACACUAGACCAUGUCACCCAAGGCUCUGUCCAACCUGGCCUUGAACACUGCCAGGGAUGGAGCAUUUACCCCUUCUUGAGGCUCAUAGAACAUCGUGUACCAAAAUGUUGUCUAAAUUAAAGCCUUGGUCGGUCACUGUGAAAUAAUUUUGGUGGCAUAUCCUGUUGCUCCCUGGAUUUUGGAAGAGUUUCAAGCAGCAUAAGCAGCAAGUUCCUCCUUAGACUGCGCAGGAACUGAGUUUUCUCUUGGUCUUCUAAAUUGACAUUGACUGUUUGAUGUUGACUAUUGAACUCAGCUUAAUGCAUUGAUGAUCUUUACUGUCUUAGCAAAUAACAUCUGUCCACCUGUAAUGGACAAGAAAUAUCCCACAUAAUUGUGACCAAACUUCCUAACAUUAACAAUAUAAGUUCUAACGUGGUUUUUUCCCUCUCUAAUUCAGUAUAUUAUUGCAGAUAGAUGAUGACACUGUGACAGAUGAAUAGCAGUUGACUGGUGAAACAGCUCCAUUAAGCAAUGUUUAUUGACCAUUUUCAUACACUGAACUGACUCUUCGUACCAAACCAGCUGGUGACUAACAUUAGCCUUAUAUGUAUCAGCAUAUCUUGUUUUGCAAAGCACAGUAGCUUUGAAAUAGUUCCUGUCUUUGUUAUUCCUGCUGUGUCUUUAUAGUUCAAAUUAUUAAAGAGUUUUGGUUUAAA